GAUUUGGGUAAUCGGUAAAAAUAAAUUAAUUAAAAAGAAAAAAAAGGUGUGUGUGGAAGUUGGGAUUUGGGGGAAAUUAGGGUUUAGCAUUUAGGGAAUGGUAUCUGCUAAUCGGAAAUUUGAAUUUGAAAGCCGACAUGAGUAGAGGUAGUAGAAGGAUAAGGUGAUGAUGAAGAAGCUAAGAUGGGCAAUGGACGGGCAAGGGUUUUGGGAUCUGGAUGUUUCAACACCUAGAACACUCGAUGGGUCUGCUUCCCCUGUUCCUUCUCAUUUACACUUACUUCCUUUGGGAUUAUCCAGAGGCGUUCGUCUUUCCAGGGCUAAGCAGAUCGAUUUCAUGCAGAGCUUCAUGGCCGCUCCUUUUGUUCCUUCUUAUUCCCCCUCCCAUGGCUUCUCUCUCCAACGCGUCUUCUCCAUCCCCUUUUCAGAUUCUGGCUCUGUUACUCUCUUAGGCCAGUUCAAUUUGCAGAAAUUCAUCUCUUCUCUUAAGAAAUCUGGUGUUGGAGACAUGGGUCAGUCGCUUUCUUCAUUUCUGCAAUGCAUUGGAAGGCAUCUUUGCCAUAGGUCUUUGUAUGCUCUUGGUAUCUCUUCUGAUAUCUUGUUACCACCUGAUGAUUCCUUGAUGAUUAGCUUCGAUGGAUAUGGUGACAAUGAAAUAGUUCGAACAAAAGCAGUAUUCCACCACAAGUUCCUUCAUCAUGAUCUAACAAUGGAGGCAUUUUCUCCAGGACUUUUUGUGGACAAAUCUGGAAAAUAUUGGGAUGUGCCUUCUGCACUAGUUGUUGAUUUAGGUUCUGCUGCUUCUGAAUCGGGUCUAAGUUAUCAUUUGUCUAUGCACCAGAAUACUGGGUCUCCCUCGCAAUCUGGAAGUGAACAGGCCCGUUCAUCUCCUUUGUGUCUACUUCCUGGUCUAUCAGCCAAAGCUGCUUUUGCCUUUAAGAAGAACUUGGAAAUCUGGAGAAGCAAUGCCAAGAAGUUAAAGAUGGUGCAACCGUAUGACAUUUUCCUAUCAACUCCUCAUGUUUCAUUAUCAGGGAUCAUUGGUGCUGUGGCUACUACCUACUUUGGAGACAAUUCGAUUAGAUCAGCAGCACAAGACAGUCUUCCGGAAUUUAAGGGACUUUACCUGCAGACUUCUAGAAUAAGAUCUACUGUUUUUGCAGAUGUAUUCGCUUCCAUUUCCUUUUCAGCUCAGUAUGGGAUGUUUCAAAGAAAAUAUCUGGAUCUUACCUGUUUUUCUGCACGUAUGGAUUUCCAUUCUGGCUCCAAGUUUCUUUCAGGAGCCAUGCUUUUGAUAGAUGAUCUUUCCAACUCCCGCCACCCAAGAACCGAAUCUGUGAGAGCGACCUUGCCUAGUGCUAGAUUUUCCCUUCAGCAGCAGAUCGCUGGACCUGUCAGCUUUAGAGCAGAUUCAGGAGUUGCAAUAGAUUUGAAUAAAGCAGGGUGGGGUUUAUUAGGAGUGGAUGAGCCUACAUUUGCCUUGGAAUAUGCUUUACAGGUCCUUGGUUCAGCUAAAGCCAUUGCUUGGUAUUCACCAAAGCACAGGGAAUUUAUGGUAGAGCUUCGUUUCUAUGAGACCUGAGGUCGUGAUGGAGUCCUGAAGACCAAUGUCGUUGCUACUGUUCUUUCAUUACUUUCUAUGACACAAAUACAUUCAACUUCGAGUUAUGUUAACAUCUGCUUUUCUCUUUUAUUUGUUCAAUAAUAUAGGGUGAACUCACUAGGUGAAGAUUCAAAUUUUUAACCUUUUAUUUGAUUGAGAAUACAUAAUAAUCAAAUAAGCUAUCCUCAAGUUGGCAGUUG